AUGGCGCCGCGCUCCAUUAGCCUCCCGCGCCUGGGUCUCGUGGCCGCGCGCGGGACUGGCCGCGCGGGAAUUCCUCCCGCGCUCCGAUUUGGCGCCAAAUCGGAGCCGCCCUCGAGCUCGCGCGCCUACGCGCCGCGUCCGCGCCCGCCUAGCGCCGCGAUGCGCGACUAUGCCCCUAGUCGCGGUGACGGGCUUCGCCCAGCGACUAGGCGCGCGUAG